AUGGGCAGCACUGGUCGCAGAGAGCUGACAAUGCAGAGUGUCGGGACACCGCGGAUAGCACAGAAAGUGGAGACCCCCGGAUCGACGCCGCAAGCGAAAAAGAGGCCCAUUGUGAUCUCAACUGCUGAGGCGGAUGACGAGCAGGAACAUGAGGAGGUUUUCGAGGGAAUGCCCGCCAACGGCGGCGGCGGCGGUAGGUCACACUUCAACCUCGAGCGGGUGUCGCGAUGGCAACAAUUCAAAGAGAAGUAUGUCGACACGAACGUCGGACUGAUACUGCUCGUUGUGGCACAGUUCUUCAACACUCUCAUGAUUGUAUCGACGAAACUGCUGGAGACGAACCCGGUCGCGGGGCAGAAGAUCAAACCGUUGCAGAUUCUGGUCGUACGGAUGGCCAUCACAUACAUUGGGUGCCUCGUUUACAUGUACGUCAACAGGGCCACGGUGAAGUACGUGCCCUUUGGCGACCCAAAAGUCAGGAAAUGGCUUAUCCUGAGAGGCUGCACUGGGUUCUUUGGUGUCUUCGGUUCAUACUUCUCAUUGAUGUAUCUGUCCAUAAGCGACUCCGUGCUCAUCUCCUUUCUCUCGCCCAGUAUAACGAUAUUACUCGCAUGGGCCGUCCUCCGCGAGCGCAUCCACAGGUACGAGGUUGCCGGCUGCUUUGUGUCCCUGCUAGGGGUCGUGCUGAUCAUUAGACCGCCGUUUCUCUUUGGUGUGGACGCACUUGAUUCUUCCGCAGAUCCAUCACCAGUGGAGAGUCACCAUCCAAGGGAUCGGCUAAUUGCCACUUUGGUUGCGCUUCUCGGCUGCUUCGGGAUGUCUUGCGUCUACAUCAUCAUCAGAUUUAUUGGGGACCGAGCACACGCCAUUAUGAGCGUCAGCUAUUUUUCGCUGAUUACACUGAUCGUCUCGAUAAUAGGCGUGCUAACCAUCCCAUCGAUGAAGUUCCAAAUGCCGCAUUCCUCAAAGGAAUGGCUGCUGUUUGCCAACCUUGGUAUCUCCGGGUUUUGUUUCCAGCUCAUGUUAACAAUGGGGAUUCAAAGGGAGAGGGCCGGUAGGGGUUCCUUGAUUACUUACACACAGCUAGUGUACGCGAUCUUUUGGGAUGUUUGGCUGUACCACCAUCCACCCUCCAUUUGGUCUGUCUGUGGGAUGUUUAUCAUCAUCGGCAGCACUCUGUAUGUGGUGAGACUGAAAAAUAGCGGCCCUACCGUUUCAGACGAUGCAGACACACCAAGCACCGUUUCUGAACAGGACGGUGAUGAACUUGAAGCGCAGAGACUAGAUCCGCCGAUACAAUUGGAGGAUAUUGAACGCUAA